UGCGGCCGGGGCUCGGCGGGCUCGGCGCUGCCGGGGCUCCGCUGCCGCCAGCUGAGGGCACGCAGGGCCCGGCCGGGUUCCGCCGGGGCAGCUUAGGGGCCGGCGGCAGGGCGGGCUGAGCGCCUCGGCUGCUGUUCCCUUCGGCUGGAGAGCGGCACGGUAAAUAUGGAUGUCAAGAGUAGAAACUAUUUGCUUAUGAAUCGUCAAGCACUGGAAAAUGACAUCAAGACUUCUUAUAUUAUGGAUCGUAUGAUUUCUGAUGAAGUACUAACAUUACAGGAGGAGGAGAGAGUGAAGCAACAGAAUACACGGAAGGAGCGAGCAGCUAUGCUGAUAAACAUUAUUCUUACAAAAGAUAAUAAUUCCUAUAGAUCCUUUUAUAAUGCACUGCUCCAUGAAGGGUACAGAGAUCUUGCUGCUCUUCUUCAGGAUGGCAUCCCUGCUGUCUCCUCUGGUAACAGAAAGAGUUCAAUGGAUGGAAUGACUUCCUAUGUGAAGACCAUUCUCUGCGAAGGGGGCGUACCACAGAGACCAGUUGUGUUUGUCACUCGGCCAAAACUGGUAGAUGCUAUUAAAAAGAAACUGUACUGCUUGGGAAGUGAUCCAGGUUGGGUCACAGUUUAUGGAAUGGCAGGCUGUGGGAAGACUGUUUUAACAGCAGAAGCUUUAAGGGAUCCUCAGCUCUUGGAAGAUUACUUUCCAGGAGGAGUUCAGUGGAUCUCUGUUGGGAAACAAGACAAAGCAGGGCUCCUCAUAAAACUUCAGAAUCUCUGUAGUAGAUUGGAACAGGACUCCACUCUUUCACAAAGACCACUUAACAUUGAGGAGGCUAAAGAUCGUCUUCGUUUGCUGAUGUUACGCAAAUACCCCAGGUCUCUUUUGGUCCUGGAUGACAUUUGGGAUUCUUGGGUGUUAAAAGCAUUUGAUAAUCAAUGUCAGGUACUCAUCACAAGCAGGGACAGGAGUGUAACAGAUGCUGUGGCUGGCAAUAAAUACGAGGUUCAUGUAGAAAGUGGACUAGCACAUGAGAAAGGGCUGGAGAUUUUAUCCCUAUUUGUGAAUAUGAAAAUAUCAGAACUUCCAGAACAAGCUAACUCUCUUGUAAGAGAAUGCAAAGGUUCUCCUCUGGUGAUAUCCCUGAUAGGUGCAUUACUACGAGACUUCCCUAGCCGCUGGGAAUACUAUCUCAGGCAGCUGCAGAAUAAACAGUUCAAAAGAAUAAGAAAAUCUUCCUCCUAUGAUUAUGAAGCCCUUGAUGAAGCAAUGUCCAUAAGUGUUGAGCAGCUGGAUGACAAUUACAAAGACUACUAUAAAGACCUCUCUAUCCUCCCAAAAGAUGUUAAAGUACCUACUAAGGUUCUCUGUAUUCUUUGGGAUAUGGAAACUGAAGAAGUUGAAGAUAUACUACAGGAAUUUGUUAACAAAUCACUGUUGUUCUGUGAUCGGAAUGGGAAGUCAUUCCAUUAUUAUUUACAUGAUCUUCAGCUGGACUUUCUCACAGAGAAGAAUCGCAACCAGCUUCAGGAGCUACAUAAAAACAUAGUAAAUCAGUACAAGAAAUACUACAAGCUUAAUACACCUGUUCUGUCUCAAGAGGAUUGCAUGUACUGGUAUAACUUUCUAGCAUAUCACAUGGCAGGUGCCAAAAUGGAGCAGGAGCUCCGUGAUCUUAUGUUUUCUUUAGAUUGGAUUAAAGCUAAAACAGAGUUGGUAGGGCCUGCUCAUCUGAUUCAUGAAUAUGUAGAAUAUAGUUCAAUCCUGGAUCAAAAGGACAGCACAGUGCGUGAGAAUUUCCAGGAAUUUCUGUCUUUAAAUGGGCACCUUCUUGGACGGCAGCCAUUUCCUGACAUCAUUCAGCUGGGUCUUUGCCAGCCAGAGACAUCAGAGGUGUAUCAACAGGCCAAGCUACAUGCUCAAAGAGAAACAGGAACAUUUUAUUUGGAGUGGAUAAAUAAAAAAUCCUUGAAAAAUCUCUUCCGCCUGGUUGUUCGUCCACACAGAGAUGCAGUUUACCAUGCUUGCUUUUCUAAGGAUAGACAAAGAAUAGCAUCAUGUGGAGCUGAUAAAACACUUCAGGUGUUUAAAGCAGAAAGUGGAGAGAGACUCCUGGAGAUAAAUGCCCACGAUGAUGAAAUACUCUGUUGCGCUUUUUCUGCAGAUGGUGAAUUUGUAGCAACUUGUUCAAGUGAUAAAAAAGUCAAGGUCUGGAAUUCAAGAACAGGCCAGUGUAAGUGUGUAUAUGAAGAACACUCCGAGCAGGUCAAUUGUUGCCAGUUCAAUAACAAAAGUGGUCAGUACCUUCUAGCCACCUGCUCAAAUGACACUUACAUCAAAAUUUGGGAUUUGAAUAAAAAGUACUGUAGAAAUACGAUGAUAGGUCAUGACAAUUCUGUCAAUCACUGCAGAUUUUCACCAAAUGAUGAAUAUGUUGCUAGCUGCUCGACAGAUGGAACAGUAAAGCUUUGGGAAGCACGCUCAGGAAAUGAACUGAAAAGUAUUGAGAUAAAAGAUUUCUUCAAAAAUGCUGAUGAGCAACCAGAUGAUGUGGAGGUUUUAGUAAAGUGUUGCUCUUGGUCCAGAAAUGGUAACAUGAUUUUGGUGGUAGCCAAAAAUAAGCUUUUGCUUUUUGAUAUCGAAACGUGUGGUUUGUUAACUCAAGUCAUUGUCAGUCAUCACAGCACAAUCCAAUACUGUGACUUCUGUCCUGGGGAUGAGUUAGUAGCAGUUGCCUUGUCUCACUGUUCUGUUGAGUUAUGGAAUAUCAAGUCUUUAUCAAAAGUGGCAUAUUGCAGAGGACACACAAGCUGGGUUCACUGUGUGACAUUUUCACCAGAUGGAUCUUUAUUUCUGACUUCAUCUGAUGACCAGACAAUACGUAUCUGGGAAACAAAGAAGGUGUGCAAGUCUUCUGAUGCUGUGCUGAAAAGUGAACUAGAUGUUGUGUUUCACAAUGGUGAAGUGAUGAUUUUAGCCAUCUACAAUCAGAAGAAUUUACAACUUAUCAAUGGAAAUACAGACAAUGUUAUUAUGCAGACAGCUGCCCAAGAAUCUCCCAUUUCCUGCUGUUGCUUAAGUGAAGAUCUUAAAUUCGCAGCUUUUGGACUGGAGAAUGGAACAAUAAAGGUACUACAGUUGUCAGAUGGGAAGGUUCUGAAUUCCUGGGAGGCCUACAGGACAUCUGUGCAGCAUUGUCGAUUUACACCCGAUUGUCAGACUCUCAUCUUAAGUGCUCAUGAUUCAAUUAUACAGGUAUGGAAUUGGCAAUUGAGUGAAUGUGUGUUUUUAAGAGGGCACAAGGAAGCAAUCAAGGAUUUUAGACUUCUGGAAAAUUCAAAAAUUCUCUCUUGGUCAUUUGAUGGAACCGUUAAGGUUUGGAAUAUCACCACUGGAAACCCAGAAAAAGAUUUUGCUUGUCACGGAGGUGCUGUUCUUUCCUGUGCUGUUUCACCUGAUGGUAGUAAAUUUUCAUCUGCUUCUGCUGACAAAACUGCAAAGAUAUGGAGCUUUGAAAGUUCAUCUGUUCUUCAUGAACUGAAAGACCAUGAAGCCUGUGUGCGGUGCUGUACUUUCUCUCCUAAUAACAAACUGUUGGCCACUGGAGAUGACAAAGGAGAAAUAAGGAUUUGGGAUGCUUUAACAGGUGCAUUACUUCAUUUCUGCUCCCCAGUUACUGUAGAUGAAGGAGAAUCAACGCAUGUGGGUUGGGUAACAGACCUCUCCUUUUCUCCUGACAGUAAAAUGCUUGUAUCAUCUGGAGGCUAUCUUAAGUGGUGGAAUGUAAAUACUGGAGAAUCCUUACAAACCUUCUACACAAAUGGAACAAACCUCAAGUCAAUACAUGUGUCCCCUAAUUUCAAAGUAUAUGUGACUGUUGAUAAUCUUGGUAUUCUUUAUGUAUUACAGAAGUUCUGAUUAGUGGGCUGAGCACUGCAAAGAUAACUAGUUUUUUAAACAGGAAAUAAAAUUCUGCUUUGUCUGACAGUCAUUAAGCUGUGAAUUAUAUUUAAUUGUUGCAUUCAUGUAUAUUUAUGUACUUUCAUGCAUGCUUUUUCAAAUGAACUUGCAUUUAAUCUUGUUUUUAAUAAGCAUUAUUAUAAAAUGCAAAAAUCAAGAUUCAAGGAUUAAGUAUGUUUCUUCCCGUUUUGUAAGGAAAUUAUAUUAAGAUUUAUUCAAAUUAGUUGAAAUUAAUAUUAAUAGCAGUGAAGAAAGAAUAAGCGUGUAAUACUUUGAAAUUAUAUUUUAUUAUAAGGCUGAUGGCUAAAUACUCUCUAGCCAUGACCACAACUGUGGAAGAUACAAAAAGCCCAUUUUUUUGGUGCAAUGCAAGGAUUUUCAUGUAGUACAGAAUGGGAAAAAGCAGGGGCAUUCUUCAUUUGAAAGAUGAAACCAGCCAUGUUGGUGCUUGACGUUCAAACCAAAUUGAGUAGAUGUUGAGUUUACAGGAGCUGUGCCUCCCCCUUGCAGUAGGAACCCUCAUGCUUCAAACCUGUGGAGGUAAAGUGCAUUGUAACAUGUAUGAGCUGUCCCUGUUAAAGGGAGCAUCCUGAGUCUUCUUUUCUCACAGCAAAAUCUGAAAUUCAAUAUUGUAAUUGAGGUGGAUGUGCCACAUUUCCAGGCAAAGCAUGAGUAUAGCGAGCUAGCUAAAAUGAGAAUGGAAAUGCUUAAAAGUUAUGUAUUGAAAAUUAUAAGAAGUGUGAAUUUUAAGGUUUUUUUUUAUUUUGGAAAUAACAUUCAGUUUAUACUAUGGAGACACUUUACUGUUGUCAGCUUUGUUUACAUAGGGUUGUAUGCCCAGUUGAUCUCUUGCCUGGUAAUAUGUGAUUUUAUGGUUUUUUUUAAUGUUUUUUUGUAAUUUUUACAGUCUAUUUAUGGAUUCAAUAUAGGGUAGAAAUAUCAAUGUUUUGUACUAAUUGUACUUAACAAAUGCUUUUGGAGUAAUUGGGUAGCAAUCUUUUAUUUGAUACCUAGUAAGCCUUUUUCUAUUCAAUUGCCUCUCAACUGCUGUGAGCAACUGCACAAGCAUUAAUAUGAUUUUCAUAUUUUUGUAGCUGGCAGUGAAACACUGUCUAACUACUUGAUUGUAAAAAAUACUGUAGCAAGUAUCUCAAGUGGUACUGAAUAAUGAAAUUUUUACUUUUAGUAUUUUUUGUGUGCAUUUCAUAAAAUUUAAUAGGCAUUUUUAGUGUUUCCCUGGUUUUGACAAUCACUAGUUUUUCCUCUUUUCCAACUUGAAAUUCUACUCUUUCUAAGGUGCUGUUGAAUACGGGUCAGUAUAAUCAAAGUACUGCUGGCAGAAAUGUAAAGAGAAGAAAUUCAAUAGAAAAGACCAUGAUGUUUUGUAUUCCAAGUAUGUACAGUACUUAAUAAAGAUGAUCCAAGCAAUAUUGGCCAAAGUUGUAAAUUAA